UCCAGGAGCCAUAGUUACUACUACACUUGUGAAAAGGCAUGGGUUAAUAUUCAAAACGCUCAGCAAAGCUUUGAAUUUCUAGAAGAAGAAGAAGAAGAAGAAGAAGAAGAAGAAGAAGAAGAAGAAGAACUUGAUUGUGAUACAGCAAAAAAGUGGUUAAUCCAAACUUACUUUUCCCGACUCCAUGGAUGGCAACAUGAGGAAGAGAGGUAAAAUUACUUUCUGCCACAAUUUAUAGUUGCCUAGGGAUACAAGGGAAAUGUAGCUUCCAACUGUUAGUUUUGUAUACUAGCUUGCUUUCUUUUUUAGUCACAGUAGCCUGAUUUUUCACACUGAAUUUCUCCAAGUGCACCGGUCUAUGUUACAUGCUAGCAUUAUGGUAUUUCUGGACAGAUACUUUUAAUUUUUAAUUAUCAUUCCUGAGAGAUGCAUGGAUGAUGCCAGCAAGAAAUUCCUAAAGCUUUGCCAAAGCUCAUUGCAAUAUGUGAUUUACCAUCUGCAGUUUCAAAUCUGAUGGUGGAUAUGGGCAGAAUGUUCUCCCAGUGAAUAAAAACCUCUCCAGGAUUUGCCUAAGUGAUUCUGUGUCGUGUCUGCCAUGCUCUAGAUAAUGUGAAAAGUUUAUUUCAAAUGUCUUAUGCAAUAUGACAUCAUGGGGGUGGGGGACCACUGCAGUGUCCUUUCUACCAAUUCAUUUUACCGAGUAGUGUUAAUACUGUAUGCAGUUGAAUACGCUUAUCUUUGGGGCCCAAUCACCUGCUACCAACACAACAGUGUAAUUGCAAUUUAACAUGUUUUUUUAAAAAAAUGUUCUCUACAUCAAAGGCUCAUCUCCUCUGCCUAUACCAUAUGCUAUGUGUCUGUAGAAAGACUCUUAAACAUAAUGAAAAUGGUGUAAUCACAAACAAGAAAGUUAACAUGGAUAACCAUUGUGGUGAAUGUUAUAGAUCUUAACAUCAGCUAACAGCUAUCAGAAUUUUAGGAUACCAGUAUUACUUGUUAGGGUUAUUGUUUAGAAAAAGCACCCUGAUUAAAUCAUUACACGCAGAGACCAAUACAGAUACUAACGUAAGAUGGGCAUACUGCUUAAGUACCCUAAUCAAGAAACCGCUUAAUGAGGUGUUCCAACAUUCAGAUUAGACUGACAAACGUAUAUAUUCAUACCUAAGGGACAGGACAAAGGAGUGGAUGUUGAUGACUUAAGAAGUUAUCAGGACUGAAAUACCAAAUCUUAUAUCAAAGUCACAAAAUAUUGCACAGUGGGUUGGGCCUUCCAGACUUAGGAUCUGUCCAUGUUGCAUGCUUAAAGCACAUUACUUCUCCUAAGAAUCCACAGAACUGCAUUUUACCCCUCACAGAGCUACAAUUCCCAGACACAGUUUUCAGAAUUCUUUGUGGGAAGUCAUGUGCUUUCAGUGUGGUGUUCUCAGCCUAGUAGCUGGAAUCCUAACUUUCAUCAUGCCCAGCUAGCAGGGCCAAUGGCUACUGAACAGUAUAGACCUGUACGACCACAGGUGGUAUAUGAUGCAUGGCAUUCCGUGGUUGCUAAGCAAAUUGUAACACCUAAUUUUAGAAACAAAUGGGACAGGCUUUUGUUUGGAAGUAAAGUCUCUAUAUUUUGUGUACAGGAAUUAAUUUGCCCCAGAAGUUUCUAAAAUCUGACAAAGUAGCAGAAUGACACUGGACAUUGGAGAUCUCUGCCCACACCCAUGAUAUGGAAAAUCCUAUUUGAAACAUUACUGUAGGUCCCGAAGUUCAAGAUUACACAGGCUUCCAAAUACAUAUUCCACACAGUGCUUGUUUGUGUACAUAAAAUAUGUCCCAGUCUCAUGUGUCCCCAUCCACAUUCAUGAAAUGAAAUAUUUGCAUAUUACUGCUAAAUCAGCUCAUUAGCAAGCAGGUAAAUUUAGUAUUAGAAAGUAAUAGCUGGAAAUAAAUAUUCUGACUCUGCUUCCUGAUCUAUAAUUAGAUCUAAAUUCAGUUUCACCAGGCAAAAUUACCAGUAUUAAUGUUUAGGUUCUGUGAUCAGACCUCAAGUAGGUUACAGGCUUAUGAAGACAAAAAUUCUGUGAAAAAUAAAGUAUUUUGAGACAACACCCUUACAGGUCCAGUCCUGCUCAGUAUCACAUAAUUAGGAAGCCUGCAGUUAUAGGUUAGCUUAUAUAGCCAUGUACCACAUUUCUUCAAAUAAACACACAGAAACACAAACUUUUAGGUUAGAAUGAUAGCUUACUGAGGUUGAAAGUGGAAAUAUUGAAACCAAUGGACUAUUUUGAAACUAAUAUAAACCUUUAGCCAAGCUACAGCCAUCCUUCAUAAACCAAACCCUACAGCAACUAACAGCACAAUCCUAUACAUAUCUAUUAAGAAGUACCGGUAAGUCUCACCCAGUUCAGUGGAGCUUAGUCCCUAGUAAAUGGGUAUGGCAGGGGGGAGAUGGGGACUUUUUCAUCCAAAGGGCCACACAUCCCGUUUUAGGAAAUUGCAUGAGCCGCAUGCCAGUGGUAGGCAGGGCUAGUGACAAUGGAUGCAACUCUUUUAUAUUCCAUCCACACAAAAGCCAAAGAGUCCUGUCCCCAUGGAGAAAACAUAAUGAUGCAGAAGUGCCUCCCUUCAGACUGUGUGAUGUCCAAAAGCUAAUUCAGAGCUGUUCAUAAAACAGUUCCUGCUGUCAUGUUGGAGAUCAACACUGUGUGAGGAAGCCAACCAGAUCUGACUCCAUCGUUCUACCCAUGAUUGUGCAGAAUCAGUGGAUAAUCGGAUGCAGGAAUAGAUAGACUUCUGGUCUGAUCCAGCAGGGUUUAUGUUUGUUGGCUUAAUCAGAAUCUUUUCCCCUUCACAGUUGUCAGGGUGGAUGUUAGGAUUCUGUGGAAGUGGUACGGCAAUGAUUUUGGGCUGUCCAUUGAAUGCUAUGGGAGUAUUUUAAGUUAUACCAACUUUUCUGCCAGCAUAAUAUUACAAUUUCUUCAGAGAGUGAGACAAGAUGUGAGCAAAGAAUUCCAGCUAAGUUGCAGUCCUUCCCCACCAUAAGCCCAACAGCCUUUCUCUUUUUUUACACUGCACUGGUAGAGUUAAACCAAUAUCAUCAUGAUGAUAGUACUUUUUAAAAAAACAGGUUGAAUUGAUGUUAUACUUAUACAAUAAAAUGCCAAUGAAUAGUUAGCACUCAUUGACUCAUACAUACAUACAACCAUUUCUAAAAAGGCUUCAAAUAGUCUUGUUUGCAAAACGUGUCUUGUAAAAGGCUGAGGUGCUCUAAAACUGAGCUGAAUGGUUACUGAUAAGAUUCACACCAUGCCUUACCAUUAAUAGUAAUUAAUUUUACACCUCAUUCAUAGUUCAUUAUAUUCAGAGAGCUGAAGGGACCAUCUCAACUUCUGUCUUAGCAUUUUUCAUCAUUAUCUAUUUCUCAUGACCAAGUUAAUUUUUCUUUGAAAUGAGGUAUUGUAUGCUGAAAAGAAAUUAACUUAGGGGCAGCAGGAGAAAGAGAGAGGGAGGGAGGGGGAGAGACAGACAGACAGACAGAGAACUCUGACAAAAGGGGUCUGCAAAGCCCUUUGUUUCUUACAGUCCAUGUGUUGUGUGUGUGUGAUGCGCUUACCAUAUGUUAAAAAUAAAUAGUCAGCUAAUUUUAAAUGUAAAUAGAGAUGAUGAUGUUGAAGUUACAUGCCUGUGGUUUUUAUUAAAUCAAUAUACUUUCUAGUAGUGAAAGAAUGAAAGAGUAUUUUCAUUAGACUUGGAACAUCUACAUUACAAAUGAUUCUUAAAAACAAGCAAGCAAGCAAGCAAGCAAGCAAACAAACAAACAAACAAACAAACAAACAAACGCAAGCACAAUCCUCUCCCCCCCCUUGCUUUCAGUCAGUUACAUGCAGAAUAGUGCCCUAUAGUCCUCCACCAGGUUACCCUGAACAAUCAUGCACUUUUGUACAAAGAUGGAUUGUGACAUUUAGGCAUGGUCUGCAGCUCAAUGGUUGAACAUUGCAUGCAGAAGAUCCUAGGUCCAGUCCCCACUGUUUCUUUCUCCAGGCAGGGCUGUGAAAUCUUGAAGAACCGUUGCCAGUCAAUAGCACUGCUAGGCUAUAUUGAACUAGAUGGAACUCGAUAUAAGGCCGCUUCCUGUGUUCCUAUGCAGUUAUAUGGCUGCAGGUCCUUCCUCACUCUACUUUGCCUCAUGCAGAUGGCUCAUUUCCAGGGCCCCAUGUGCUGUCAUCUGUGUGAUCUUGAAUCUAUUUUGCCAUCAUCUUCCUAACACCAUGCUAAAUGCAAAUGGCAUGAGCGAUUGCCCUUUGCUUGUCACUGAGAUCUACCCAGAGACACGCAAAGCAAUUAGCUUGCAAAGAGUCAAGCUUAUAAUACUGCUAAGUGUUCUGCUUUCAUGUUGUAACAUUAGCUUUAAGACAGAUGAAAUAUGAAUAACACUUCGGUGUAGGUUAAAACCAUCUAGUUCAUGAGUUAAAUGGGAAAACUGGGUGAGGAGAUCGUUUACUAGGCUAGCGACAGGAAGCUUGCAGCCUUCCAGAUGCUGCUGAACUAUAUGCAAGGCAUUUGAAUCUUAUAUGACUCCACAUGUCCUAGUGCCAGUGACAAUGGGAGAAAUAACCAACUAUAUUUGGACAUAGACUUUGUGGCAAAGGUGUGGAACCUCAAAUACAAGGACUGAUAAUACCUCUCACUUCCAUGGUUGGAAGGCAGGGAAGAGUAUGCAUACAAAUAAGGCUACAGUACAAUGGUAAAAUUUACAUCCCUUGCUUUGUCCAUUUUUGCCUGUAGAAUAUGACUCUCAGAAGGUUAUCAAGUGUGGCCCUCAGCCUGAAAAAGGUUCCUUACCCCUUUGUUUAUGGUAAUAAAUGGCUUUUUUUAGGUACAGACCUAAAUACGGUGAAAAGUUUAGGCAGGAGGGGCCAGCUACAGGACAAUGA